GCGGACUCAUUCCAUUCAUGAUUCCACGGCAGCACUGCGGCUUCGAGUUACACAAAAUAGUUCUGUCGAAGAUUACGGGAACGGCCUGACAUCAAGGGAGAAGACGUUGAUUAAAAAUAAAAACUGAGAAAAAACAACAACCACCACACAUGUUGGAAUAUUAUUUGGCAGAUCUUAUAAUUGGAUAAAUACAUUAUAUGUGCAGGAUUACAGAAAAAGAAAGAACACGAAAAUGUAUUAUUAAUUUGUUUUGCCAAGUCAGUGCGGAGAUACUUUAUGUGAAGUUUAAAUACAAGAAAUAUAUUUACACAGGUGGCCAAGUAGGAUUUCCAGUGGAGUUAGAACUGUGGAUUUUAAACAGGAACAACUUACUCAUAUGUGCACGAAAACGCUGUUAGUUAAAAUGAUAUAAGAACUAUAUACACGCGGGUGUCUAAGUUAGAUUUCCAGUGGAGUUAGAACUGUGGAUUUUAAACAGGAACAACUUACUCAUAUGUGCACGAAAACGCUGUUAGUUAAAAUGAUAUAAGAACUAUAUACACGCGGGUGUCUAAGUUAGAUUUCCAAUGGAUUUAGAACUGUGGAUCUUAAACAUGAAAAAAGUACUUACAUAUGCACAGAAAGGCUGUUAGAAAUAUAUGCAAGGCGAUGCCUGAGUUAAAUAUUCAGUGGAUUUAAAACUGUCGAUUUUUAACAUGAACAACAGUACCUAUAAAUGCACAAAAAAAGUGUGUCACUUAAUACUGUGAACAAACUGUGAACAAUGAAAAUAUGGGGCAAAAUAUUUUGGUGAUCUAGAAAGGUGAUUUUCUAUGUUUGGAGAAAUGAAACAAAUAUAUUUAAGACAGGUGGAUAUAUUCUAUUUACACAGCUGGAUCGAUUUGGAUUUUAUGUGAAGUUCAGCUUUCGAAUUACGCAAGUGUAAAAGUAACUUGGAUUGUACAGUAGUGUUGAAAUUUCGAAUGUAAAAUUCACUUAAACUGUUAAACAGAUGAGCGUGCAUUUGUCAGUUGUGAAAUAAAGGUUACCCAUGCAGAAAAUGACAUUUGUGUAUGGUAUGAAGUAAAUAUUUGGAAAAAGCUCGUUAUUUUCGUGUGGAUAAUUACUUGUAUACAAACAAACCCUCCGCUAGACCUGCGAAGAAGCAAUGGUUAUUGCGUGUAACUGAUUGAGGUAGAUAAAGCAUUUUGCUUUGCAUACCAGUUCGCACGAGAGAGGUAAAUGUUAUGAAUAUGUCAAAGCCAAGAUUGCGAGUAGCUGAAGAAUUUGAAAAUAAAACAGGUCAAACAAAAUAGAAACAGAAAAAACGAAAACGAAUCUUUCUUCUAUGACACUCGAUUACUUUGCAGAAAAGAAACAAAAAUCUUCAAACCUAGGGUCUGAAUCUAUUUGAAAUCAAAAUAUUUUGUUUUCGUUAUCAAAGAAAGAUAUCUAACCUCAAGAAUCGUGUCUGGAAUACAACAAAUCUCUUAACAGUGUGAGGGGAAAAGGAAACAGCAACACAAAUAUUCAACAGAGAGUUGUGGGGUUUCAAAACUAUUAAAUGCAGUAAACAAUACUGUCAGUGAAAAAAGUGCAUGUUCCAAGGUUAGUCACGUGCAUUUGAUGGAUGACGACACAGCUGGAUACUUCAAACAUUCUGACUACUGUGCAGUCACAUUAUGGAAAUAAGAAAAUCGAAAAUGUCACAAUGAACAUGAACUGUCGCAACAUCACAGAGGACAACAUCACGGGCCUCGGCAGCGAGAGAGCCAAACACAUGUUUGAAGAAGUCAGCUACAUCAUCUACGGCUUUGCACUGCCAAGCAUCUGUCUGUUCGGGAUGGUCGGAAACAUACUGAACCUGACUAUCCUCACUCGCAGGAAGCUACAGAAGUCCUUUAAGACCUUGGAAAUGGCCGCCAACUACUGCCUUGUGGCUCUAGCCGUCUCCGACCUCAUGUUCUGUGUGUUCGCGUUCCCGACGACGUUUCUCCCUAGCGACGAUACGUAUCGAAAGGACGAGUUCAUUCUACAGUACCGGAUCUACGGGGCCGCUAUAAUUAACGUGUUUAUCAUGUGUAGCACGUGGCUGACCGUGGCCAUGUCACUGGAGCGCUACCUGGCGAUAUGCUACCCUCUCAGACAGGACCUGUACCUGACGACUCGCCGGAUUAAGAUAGUAAUCAUCAUAACAUACAUCUUUUCGUUCCUCUUCAACAUUCCCGUUCUGUGGCGCUACGAGGUCUACCAGUUGUGUAGCGCUUCCAACACUUCCGUUUCCGGUGUGAUGCCAUUCCAGGUACCUCUGUGGAACAGCCAUAGACUCGAUAUGGCGUAUCGGAUAGUCUGGGCAUUGCUGGGCAACUUUGUUCCCCUCAUCCUGCUCUUUUGGUUCAAUGUCUGUCUGUGUCUGCAGAUUUAUCGUUCCUACAAAAUGAGGCAGCAGUUCAAACACGAUCGUCGCAAGGGCGACCACAGCGCCAAAAGUUCGGGCAACGUGUUGACGAUUACACUCGUCGUGAUCGUCGUCAUGUUCUUCAUCUUUGUGGCGCCCUCUGAGAUCGUCAUCACGGCUGCGCAGAUGUCGAACAAUGAUAGCACCUACUCGCACAUGACAAUCGAGGCCGUGAUGAACUUUCUGCAGUCACUGAACUUCUCCCUCAACUUCAUUUUGUACUGCAUUAUAAGCCCGUACUUCAGAAAGACGCUGCGCUACCUUUUCUGUUGCGGCUGCUACAAUAUAUAUCAGGUUUCAAAACAGUGGAAAAAAGAAUUUGAGACGUCUUUAAUGUGACUAUAGCAGGAUACAUUUAGGAUUAUUCUUGGAACGUGUGUCAAAAAGGGAGUACAUAUUACAAGUUUUAUUCCUCUACAUUUUGAUUUUGUACAUUAUAUAUACAAUGUAUAUAUGUGAAUGCGUGUACAUAUUUUCUCGGGGCGUGAACAAAGUGAUGACUAUUCUUGUUGUUGAG